GUAUUCGACUCAAAUUUGGUAUAUUCUGUAAUGUUAAUGAUGAAACACCAACUAAAUAUUCAAUAUCAUUAGGUAAAUCUUCAAGAUUUUUAAUGUCGGAUAAUUCUAAAGUUGAUAAAUAUUUUAAUUUUCCGAAUUCAGGGGGUAAUAUGGGUAAAUUUGUAUUUAUUAAUUGA